AUGGAGGCGUUUAUAAUCGAUCCAGCUAGACUGAUAAGCGAUAUAGUUGGUAAGUAUUUUCAAAACUUUGCGUGAUAAAAUCACCAAGCCGUGAAUAAUAUAUAAUUAUUCUUCACACAUUAUUGAUAGCUUUGUGUGUGCAGAUGGAAUAUUCACAAAAGCACAUACUGAAAUGUUUAAGACUCGCAGGUUUCUAUGUGUGAUGAAUCAUUAACGUAAGUUUAAGGGCCUGUUAAUUACAUGGCGGUAGAGACAGUCUGAGGGACCCCAGGUAGGUGAUGUAACCUGCUUUAAGGUGGGGUAACCUAUGUCACCCGUCCAUAUAAUCUUUCAUUUUAAUUUGAUCACGUUUACAUGAUAGGUGGGGUGACCACAUGAGAGAUUAUAUGGACAGGCGGGUUACCUUACUUCCUUGUAAACAGGCUGUAAGAGACAUCUUCAUGUUAAUACAAGCAAAUCUUCGAAUUUUUGAAAUGUCAAUCAGUUAAGGUGAUUAUGGUUAGGCUGCAUAAAGAAUUGAUAAUGCAAGAAAUAGCACUAUUUUGCUUAAUCUAUUUUAGCAGAAACUUGAGUUAAUGCGUAAAAAUUCCAGGGCAAAGAUCUCUCUGUAAAAAACCUCCAGAGAAUGGACAACACUCCCUCCCCCCAGUCAUGAAUACUCUCUGGAGGGGUGACGAAUGGUGCCUUUAAAAACGUGGGUCUCGGAAAAGUUUGGCAGGAUCUCGAAAUCUCGGAAGCGUUUUUGAUAAGUCUUGAAGUCUCGUUUUUUCAUGGUUUGUUUUUACUUUUUUUGAGUCUCGAAACUUUUCACCAAAGAGUCUUGGGCUCGGAUUUCUAACUAGGAUCUCGGUAUCUCGGCAAGUCUCGGAUUUUACCAUUCGCCACCCCUAUCUGGCCCACUCACUCCACCUAUUUUACCCCACCAAGUGUACUCAAAUAAGCACCUUGAUGCUUUAAAAAUAAAUCCUACACUUCUUCUGUCAGGAAACAAAAAAUAUUUGUUUUUAAUGAGGUGAAAUAGCUUAUGUUUUGCUCUCUAUUUUUUAGUUUAGUAACAGUCAACUCUUUCUUAAUGGACACCUCAGUAAGGAGGGGUCUGAAUAGGGGUAUGCAAAUCCGCCGAUCUCUUAUGAUUUAUUACCCAAAUGUGCUGUUAAAAUUUUGCCCUAAGUCCAAAAUCCGGGCAAAAAUAUAUUAAUUACAUGCAAAGUCCAAAAUCCAGGCCCAAAAAAUGGAUGAAUCCGCUAUCCACUGCAAUUGCAGGAUUCAGAAAUCUAUUAAAAUCUCAUUUUGAAUCCAAAAUCUGGGCAAAAAUAUUUUCAAAAUCUGCCGAUCCGUUCGCCAGACACCCCCCUCAAUAAAACAGAUGCCUCCCAAAAAAUGGACACUUAGAAUAAUUUGUCCCUGUUGUUCUUUAGUCAAUUUCUUUGACUCUCUAUAAGAUAGUCACCUCCGUAAACUGGAUACUUAGCGUUGGUCCCUACCGCUCUUCCGUCAUUUCCUUUGACUCUCUAUAUGAUGGACACCUCAUUAAACCAGACACCUAGAGUUGGUCCCUGCCAUUCUUCAGUCAUUUUCUUGACUCUCUAUAAGAUAGACGCCUCCCUAAAAUGGACACCUAGGAUUGGUCCCUGUGGGUCUUUACUUAUUGUCCUUUACUCAAUAUGACGUGGAUGAUACUUACUGUUGAUCCUAUCAGUGUCUAGCUAAGAGAGAGUUAACUGUAAUCAUUGGAGCUCUGAAUUUCUUUAACCAAACAUCGCAUUCUUAUAGAGAGCUGUGGUACUUAUUUAACCCCUUACAGCCUGAUAUCAGCUUGAAAAUUCUUCAAACACUACUUUAUGUGAUUAUCACAGCCUUAAGUUUUAACUUAAUAACAAUACAGUCAGGGCUGUCACUAAGAUUUCAAGUUGGCGGGUAAAUACAACAGGAAGUUGGUGGGGAAUCAAACAGCUAGGGGUUUCCUUUGGUUCUAUUUUUCUGCUAUUUUCCUUUGAAAUUAGCCAGGGGCCAUAUUCAUAGUAUCCGGGGGAAAUCCCCGGCCCCUGCCUCUUAAUGACAGCUCUGACAGUAUUUGUAACUUUUGUUUUUUUUUGUCUAUCUUUGUAGGGUACAUCACUGAACUGAAAAAUAUUUACCAGACAUCCCAGAGGGCCAUCACAGAUGAUGAAACAACUCUUCAUAAGUUCUGUGUUAAGCUUGAAACUGUCAUGAGACAUGAACAAAAGGGUAGGUAUUGACAUAGGCGACGGAGCAGGGGGUGGGCAGGGGGAUCAUUACAGGGGGACAGAGCUUUUUCACGUUUUGGUCCUGGAAAACACUUUUAAAUAUGUAUUUGACAAUACCUGGGACAUAGGCAACUUCGGAGUGCAUAUCUUCUGCCCUCAGAUGACUCAAGAACUACCUAAGAAGCACCAUGAAGUAGGACCACCUGAACAACUGCCUACUGAUGGAUUGUCACAAAUUGAUUACAGACACACUAGACACUGUGAAGAGGCCCUGCCAGGGUAAAUUCCGACAAGCGACGUGGCCCAAAAAGUACUGACAGCGUGUAAAAUGAAAUUGCGACAAGAGACAACCUCCCUCGGCCAAAUUGUGACAGUGACGGCAAAGCUGACAAUAAGCGACAAGCAUCUAUAAACACCGACACAAGAUGUUUUAAAAUUCAGACAGGCGACAUGAGACCCCCCCCCCCACUAGCAGGGCCUGUGUGAAGGUUGCAAACAGGUUCAGUUGCUUGUGCCUAUGAACAAUGCAAAGGGCGUUUUGGAAAAUCUGAGCAGGGGUAUGGAUAUUGCUGAGUGGAAGAUGAGCUCCACCUUGUUUCAAAAUGCUCUGCUGCCUCUGGGUACUGACACUGUAUUAAGACUGACGGGGGAACUUAAUGGACAGAAAGCAAAAUGGGUAUCUGAAUUAGUAACUUUGAAAAAGCUCUUUUUAUUGGUGCCGGCCUACGCAUGUUUGAUUAGUUCUCUGUGCAUAAGGUUAUCAGGCUUACACUCCAUACUACUAAGUAUUAACACAAUGGUAAUACUAUUUCCCCCCAGGUAUAAAAGUUUUACCUUGAGCGCCCUGCCUAAUUAAGAGAAUUAUUGUUAAGCCUUCUUAUGGUUAAAAAUUAUUAGGUGGACUUCAUGCUUCUUUGCAGUAUUUUAUGUUACAAAACUUUCUUGUUCCCUCCAGCUGUCUUUUGUUGUAAGAUGUUGGCAAACUACCUUCUCUUUCCCUACCCCCUCCCCCCUGAGUUUAUCCUCCCAUCCAGCCCCACCUAUAUAUCUUGUUGCACGGGGCAAGCUCAUGGCGUAAUUUCUUUCUUUAAAUAUUUCAGAAAGGUAUUCUCUUCUUGGUGCUAGAAAAGACUACUGGAAUUUUAUCAGUGACUGCAUUCCAAAGGAUGAUGGAAUCAGAUUUGUUCAUGCUGUACCUCAGGUAAACAUUUCUGUUUGUUUAAAAUAUCAAAGCAGGUUACUCAUGUUUUUAUUGUGGUACUUGUAAAAUGUUGACAAGAAAAAUCCAGAUUUUCAUGUCUGCUAUUUCCUCCCCUGAUUAUUUUUAACCAAAGGGGUCUUUCAACCUAUGGCCAAGCACUGUAGUCUUAUCCCAGUUUAAAAAACCUCUAGCAGGGCGGCAAAUAAUAAACGGUCAUCGGACAUUAGCCGGCCAAAAUCUGCUAGUGUCCGAAGAAGUCCCACCUGUGUUCAGACAUUAUGUCUGGAGAAUUUUUUUAAUCUUAAAUCAUUUUAUGGUAACUAAAGGAAGAAAAAAAUCUACCUUGAGUAAAUCUUACUUUGUGUUAACACAAUCUCAAAGUCAUGAAACAGCAUUUACUGUGGUAUGUCCUCUGUUUUACCCGAUGUCAAGUUCAACCUUUUUUGGGUGAUGUCCAAUCAAAAUUUUGUUUUGUUGGACCAAGAUGGUGUCUUAGGGCCUGUUUACAUGGAGGUGGGGGACCCCAGGUAAGUGAGGUAACAUGUGGCGGGUUACCCCACCUAUCAUGUAAACAUGAGCAAAUUAAAAUGAGAGAUUAUAUGGACAGGCGGGUUACCCCACCUAAGCGGGUGAAGGAGCAAAGGGAUGGCGCAGCAGUGAGAGUGCUCGCCUCCCACCAAUGUGGCGGGGUUCAAAUCCCGGCAUCAACGCCAUAUGUGGGUUGAGUUUGUUGUUGGUUCUCUCCUUUGCUCCGAGAGGUUUUUCUGCGGGUACUUCCGUUUUCCCCUCUCCUCAAAACCAACAUUUCCAAAUUCUAAUUUGACCAGGAAUCAGGUAGACAAAGAACCACUAUAUGGAUGUGCAACCUCCAGAUUAUUAUUUAUUUAUUUAUUUAUUUAGAGGUGAAGAUCAGGGCUGUGCUAUAGUAGCACCUGGUGAUCCCCUUGGGAGACUACUACACUGUACGAUAAUCUUUGGCCUUGUCCACACAUAUCUGGAUAUUUUUGAAAAUGGAGAGUAUUUUCUGCUUUGAAAAAAAUUCAUGUCCACACAUACAUGAAGCAUAUCCAAACCAUUUUUUGCCCAUCCACACAAAAAGGGUAAAACAAUGGAAAUCAAUAGGGUACACUAGAGAGCAUGUGUGUUAUGACGUACGUCAUCAUUCAAAAACUCUAUUCUUGGGACCAUUUUCGAAACCCUGCUUUUUUGGUACCUGAAAAUGCCAUUUACUUGUGGACAAUAGGCUAAAACAGAGGAAUGCAAUCCUCAUUUUCAAAAAUACAUGUAUCUGGAUUUGUGUGUAAGGGGUCUUAGUUUUAUCACAAAACUUUAGUGUCAUCUUCCUUGAUUUUAUUGUUUCAAAAUUUUGUUUAAACACAGCUUGAACCAGACUUGUCCAGAAACAAUUUUUGUAAAGCAACUGUAAAUGCAACAACUAGAUCCUGCUGAAGAGGUUUCGCAUGGUAAUUUCUUUUGAGGAUGGAGUUACUUCCAUGGUACAUUACCCUUUAUAACUUCUGUACUUUUUGUAACACUGUUUCCUGUGUUGUGAUCUCUAGGUUAAAACACCCCAAGGUAAAGGCAGGGCAUUUAUUCGCUUUUCACUAGUAAAAAGAUCACUGGCAGAUGCAAUCCAGAGAUGCUUGGUAAUGAGAAAACAUUUAAGGUAGGUGUAUGGCUGUGUAUGUUGUAGUUAAAGUAAUUUAUGUUCUUCUUCUUCCUUGAUUACCCCAUCUCCUUCAAGAGAAAAUUCUCUCGGCGGGUCUUGAAAUAAUAGCCAGUCAGUGGAUAAUGUGUGGUCAAAAGUAGUUUUUGUCCAGUUAAAUCCGUGGAUGACUGGACACUUUGCCCGGUAGUUUAUGCAUCUAAUGGCAAUUGAUUGGGAACUGCUGAUUUCAGAUAAGGUUAGACAUGAUGGCCAUUCAUGAAGAAAAAAAGGGGGGAAAGAAAGAUACGACCAGUCCAGACCAAGAAUUUUGUCAAUUAAAUGAUUCAUAAUGGUGAUUUUUCGAUUUUUGGGCGUUGCAAGUUAUUGCUUUGUCAUCUAAGUGAUCAAGUCAUUGCAAAUUCAGAAGUAGGGUGUGUAGUGGUAUGUGAAAUAUUCUUAUAGUCUGUGUGGAUUUUUCUGUGAAGUGUGAUAAUCCUAGAUGAUGUUGGUAGGUAAUGAAUUUAAACUGACAGCAAAUAAGAAGAACUAAAGAAUAGAAGAAUAUAUCUGAAGCAACAGGUAGUAGCACAGAUCAACAUUAUAAGUGCUUUUAUUUUCAAUUUAGCCGAAUGCUGCCUUUUACCCAGAGAGACCACUGUAUUGUGUUUUCCAUGCUUUCUGCAUUUAAUGCAACGUUUCAUAAACAAAAUGAGCUUAGUUAAUAUACUUGUUUCAUUCUCAGACAUUUGUGGGGAUGGAGAGGAUAGGAGGGUCUUUAUUAGAGAUAGUAAGAUAUUUGUCUGGCUAAAAAUGGGUAAUGUUCGAGCAAAAAUAGGUUUGACUGGACAACUUGACAGGUGCUAGCCAUAAACUUUUUUUAAGCCCUGUCAUGGAAUUCAGAAAUGAAUAAUACAUACUAAAAAAUUUAUCCGUUCUUUUUUUUGUCUUAUUCUCCUCAGCCUAAGAGCCAAAUAAUUAUAAAUUUUAUAUUCUGAAACUGGCCUAAUCUUAUUUUUCUUUGUUUUAUGAUCAUACAUCAUCAGACAGAAAAUAAAGCAUAACUUUUACUGUGUGACAAAUUCCACUGUCACACUCUGUUUGAUUUAUAUUUCAGUUCAUGUUAUGGACCUGAAGCAAUUCUCUGCCAUCCAUCACUGUCAACAGCGCUGAUUAACAAGCUGUAUGAUUUAAAUGACAUUGAGUUUGAUUUGCCUUGUGCUGGACAUGAGCUGGAUAUUUCAUGGCCAGCAUUUUCAAGGUGA